UAGAGACUUUUCAUACUCAAAGUUGAAGCCUGGGUCUUUUGUCCACAGGCAGUCGUGGCCCACCAGAGUGGAUAUGCACCAGGACAUCGAGGACAGCCUGGCUGCAUCCUCCAUGUCCCAUGCUGGAGGUCCCCAGUCCCCGGCCCGCAGCGCAGAGAACCUGCUCAACGGACACCGCUCCAAAGGCUUGAUGGAGCUGGGCCGCCGCGAGGACGCCACACUGAGGGACUCGGCACAGGGAGCCACAGCUGCUGUGUCAGGCCCCGCUUCUGGCUCUGGGACCGCCAGGGCCCCCGCAGCGUCCACCUCAGCAGCAACCAAGCAGCGCAGCUGCCUGUUUAGACCGACCGACCGACCACCCACACCCACCCACACCAACAGUGUGUCUGCAUUAAGCUACACAUACAACGUGGGCCCAGCCGGAGGCUCGCACCCCAACACAAGUGGUAGCAAGCUAAACACCCGCUCUGUCCCAAACAGAGGAAUAUAA